AUGAUCAUCCCACUCUCACUGCUGUGCGACUCUAACAGAACUGAGAGCGACAGUUCUGACGACGGCACAUGCGACGGUGACAACUCGGGCAACAAUGAAGGCGAGCAGUGCGUUCCCGAGACGUUUGUCUAUCAUGGGCGUUAUGUCUGGCGGUGCAAGUACUGCGGUUACUACGUUGACUGA